UUCUUUUGAAUUAAACAUGUGGUGCAUUAGCAGACAAUUUACAAUCAAGGCAUUAUUAUCUUAUUCAUCUAGAUUCAUGAUCCUGAUUUGAAAUAUGAUAAAAUAUUCUCAAAUUUUCCCAUCAGUUAAUCCAUUACAUGGCUAUAAAUAAGCUACCUCAGGUUCUGCUAAUACAUGCAAAAUUAAACCAACCAUGGCUAAAGCUAAAUCUUUCACUCUUCUCCCUUUCAUUUCUUUUCUCCUGCUGGCUUCUUGCCUUAGUAGUUCUAGUGGGGAACAAUUCAAAGCUAAUGUUACUAUAGCUAAUGGUCUGGCGUAUGGAUAUUACAAUUACAUAUGUCCUCAGGUUGAAGGUCUUGUAAGAAAUUAUCUGAUGCAAGUCUACAGAAGUGACGCAGGUCAAGCAGCUGCAAUACUUCGUCUCCAAUCCCAUGACUGCUUUGUUCAGGGAUGCGAUGGAUCGGUAUUGCUUGAUAGAUCACCCGAGAGGAGUGAGAUUCCCAACAAGGACUUCAAACAACAGACAUUUCAGAUCAUUGAAAAUCUCCGCCAAAUUGUCCACUAUUAUUGCGGCCGUGUCGUCUCUUGUUCUGAUCUUCUCACACUCGCUGCUCGUGAUGCCGUCUUCUUUACAGGUGGCCCUGACUUUUCAGUCCCUUUAGGGAGGCGAGAUGGGGUAACAUUCCCCAGACCAGGACAAACAAGUGAAGACCUGAUAGCUCCUACUGCUAAAACAACUGACAUACUAGCGAGGUUUGCUCGAAAAGGCUUGAAUUUUGUCGACGCUGUAGCCCUCUCAGGUGCCCACACUAUUGGCAUCGCCCAUUGCAGCUCUUUCCGAGGACGUCUGUUUCCUAAUAGAGAUCCCACCAUGGAAUUUUCCUUCUACGACAGACUUAGCCGUUACUGUGCUUCUCCAGCCAUCGACCCUCUAGUUUGGUUGGAUUUUCGAUCCCCUUUCAGAUUCGACAACCUGUACUUCGUUGAUCUUAUGAACCGACAGGGUUUGUUUACUUCAGACCAAGAUUUGUUCGAAGAUCCAAGGACUAGGGGAACUGUUAUUAAUUUUGCUUAUAACCAACAGCAGUUUUUCGUGAACUUCGCAGCUGCCAUGAUCAGAAUGGGGAUUGUGGGAGUGUUGACAGAUGGACAAGGGGAAAUUCGUGCGAGGUGUAACAUGAGGAAUUCUGAUUUCUAUAAUUUGGAGUCUGUAUUGGAAAAAGAUAACAUUUCAUCCUCUGCAGCUAUUUAAUUGCUGCGAAGCGAUGCUGAAAUCUUUUCCUUUUUGCAACUUAUUUUUGUUCUUACUAAUAAAAUGGUUGCAUCUUCUAAUUUUUAA